CGAAUAAGCUGGCAGCACUGGUUGCAAUGCAAUCGUGCGUUCAUUUUCUUCACUCUUCAAAUUCUGCCUGAUUGUUCCCUUUCGGAAGUAGUUUCCUAUUGUCUGCCAACUGCAUAAUCUGUAUUCAAUUCAAAAAUGGCAGAGUUCAAUCGCCAACCAUCACCAAACGCUGGCAAAAAGAAACGCGAAUAUUAUUCCGCAGCAUUUGGACGCGGCAAAAAGGGAAAGAAGAAUAAGUCGCAAGAGAUUCACAGUGUUGAGAAAGUACUGGAUAAGCGCUAUGUGAAUGGUCGCUGUGAACUAUUGUUGAAAUGGAUGGGUUAUUCCCAGGAGCAGAGCACUUGGGAGCCAAUGGAGAACUUGACCAACGAUUGCAUGGGAUUGUUAACUGAAUUUGAAAUACAGUGUGCUCAGAAAAGUCAUGCAGCUGCGCCGUUGAAGAAACAAUCACCUUCCAAUCAGAAUAGCAACCUAGGACUCGGUGAGGACAUUGAUUUGAGUGAUAGCACCACUCCGGACAAUAGCAGUGUUAGCAGUUGCACGGACAGCAGUGACAAUGAAGGCGAAGAUCAUCAGCGAGCUUCGAAUCUGAAGCAACCGGAGGGUCAUGGAAUGCGAACUGUUGGCGUUAAGAAUGUUGGAUUGUCUGACACAAAGAUAUCUUUAGACUCAAUCAAGGCGCAGGCACGCCAAUGGCAGGACACGAAAAUGGCUAGUAAAACCUCAAUACUGGAUGAGCCAAACCAACAACUACAAAAAAAUAAUCUUACUCGACGCAAGACAAUGUACGCUGAUUGCACAGAUGUGAACACGGAGCACGUUUCCAUUACCAACAAGUGCCGAUUAAGCCAGGAUAAAAGUCAGACUCGUCCUAGUGAUAGUGUAAACAAAGGUCAGACUCGCGCUAAGGACUCCAAUCAGCAGAAGACUGUUAGGAAAGCUGAUUCCGAACCGCCAGAUUACAAUACCAGCUGUGGCAGCAAUGGCAGCGUGGGAAUCGAUGAAAAUAGAUGGGAUUAUGAUUUGCGUUUGCCUGAUAAACCGCAGGGACUUGAACGCGGCUUGACUUUGGAGAAAAUUGUGAAGGCCUUCAAAGUGAUGGGCGAGACGUUUUUGGUGACCAAAUGGAAGAACUGCGCAUUGCUCGAUAUUGUGCCGUCCAGUCGAUUGGUGGAAUUGUAUCCCCACGUCAUGAUUCAAUACUAUGAGAAACUAGAGCUGCGCUCUCAAAAGUAAAAGUAAGCCCAAUUCAACGCUUGGCCAAGUUAACAAACAGUUCUCAUCAUAAAUCAAGAAAACAAUAGACCAGAUAUAACACAUAUACACGCAAGUACACACACACACACACUCGGAUACACUCACUCAGAUGCGGCUGAAGGGUCAAGGACAAAGCACUACUUUGAUGUCGUCGGCGAUAAGAGAAUAUCUGGAAAUUGGACUACAAUUCUCAAGCUCCAAAUGCCAUUGAUUAAUUAUCUUUUCACUACAAAAAUCAUGUACAUUAUUCUACAUUUAUUCUUGCAAAAGGUUACAAUUAAUGUAUAAAUCACUUAAAAAAAAUGAUAAUUAUGUAUAAGUAAAUGUACAUCAAUUCUGUAGUGAAAGAGUACAUUUGACAUUUAUUACAAAACUCGAUUUAUAUACGUAUAUAGACAAUUAU